AUGGGAAGCUUCAACCUCCCGUUGCUCCCCAUCCUUCUCCUUGCAGUCGUCGCCGCCGUGACCGGCGAUGAGCUCCGUACGUUCAUCGUUCACGUGCAGCCGCACGAGAGCCACGUGUUCGGCACGACCGACGACCGAACAACUUGGUACAAGACGUUCCUUCCAGAGGACGAGCGGCUCGUCCACUCGUACCACCACGUCGCGAGCGGCUUCGCCGCUCGGCUGACGGAGCAGGAACUCGACGCGCUGUCCGCCAUGCCCGGGUUCGUCACGGCGGUGCCGAACCAUGUGUACCGGCUGCUGACGACACACACGCCGCAGUUCCUUGGACUGGAGCUGCCGCAGAGGGGGAGGAACUACACCUCCGAGUUCGGCGAGGGCGUCAUCAUCGGCGUGCUCGACAGCGGCGUCUAUCCCUUCCACCCCUCCUUCAGCGGCUACGGCAUGCCGCCGCCGCCGGCCAAGUGGAAGGGCCGCUGCGACUUCAACGCCUCGGCGUGCAACAACAAGCUCAUCGGCGCACGUUCUUUCGAGUCGGACCCGUCCCCGCUCGACCAGGACGGGCACGGCACGCACACGUCGAGCACCGCGGCGGGAGCCGUCGUGCCGGGCGCACAGGUGCUCGGCCAGGCCGCCGGCACUGCCUCCGGCAUGGCGCCACGCGCGCACGUCGCCAUGUACAAGGUGUGUGGCAACGAGUGCACCAGUGCCGACAUCCUCGCCGGCAUCGACGCGGCCGUCGGUGAUGGCUGUGACGUUAUCUCCAUGUCCCUUGGCGGGCCGACGCUGCCGUUCUACGAAGACAACCUCGCCAUUGGCACAUUUGCGGCCGUUGAGAAGGGCGUCUUUGUCAGCUUGGCGGCUGGCAACGACGGCCCAACGGAUAGCACGCUGUCCAACGACGCGCCGUGGAUGCUCACCGUCGCGGCGGGCACCAUGGACCGUCUGAUCGCUGCCCAGGUGCGCCUCGGAAACGGCUCGACGUUCGAUGGCGAGUCGGCUUUCCAGCCCAACAUCUCGACGACCGUCACCUACCCGUUGGUCUACGCGGGCGCCAGCUCAACACCCAACGCCAGUUUCUGCGGCAACGGUUCACUGGACGGCUUCGAUGUCAAAGGCAAGAUCGUGCUCUGCGACCGUGGCAUCGUCGCAAGGCUUGCCAAAGGUGCCGAGGUGAAGAGAGCCGGUGGGUUCGGCAUGAUUAUGGCGAACCAGUUCGCCGACGGAUACAGCACCCUCGCCGACGCGCACGUGCUCCCUGCCUCGCACGUCAGCUACGUCGCCGGCGUUGCCAUCAAGGAGUACAUCAACUCCACGGCGAACCCGGUGGCGCAGAUCAUCUUCAAGGGCACCGUGCUUGGCACGUCGCCGGCACCGGCUAUCACCUCGUUCUCCUCGCGCGGGCCCAGCAUCCAGAACCCCGGCAUCCUGAAGCCUGACAUCACUGGCCCCGGCGUGAGCGUGCUCGCGGCGUGGCCAUUCCGGGUUGGCCCUCCGUCCACAGAGCCGACGUUCAACUUGGAAUCCGGCACGUCCAUGUCCACGCCGCACCUCAGCGGCAUCGCCGCGCUGAUCAAGAGUAAGUACCCGGACUGGUCGCCGUCAGCGAUCAAGUCCGCCAUCAUGACGACCGCUGACCCCGACGACAGAUCGGGGAAACCAAUAGUGGACGAGCAGUACGUGCCGGCCAACUUGUUCGCCACAGGCGCCGGCCAGGUGAACCCCGACAAGGCCCUCGAUCCUGGCCUCGUCUACGACAUCGCGCCCGCCGAGUACAUCGGCUUCCUCUGCGGCAUGUACACGAGCAAGGAGGUGUCCGUGAUCGCGCGCCGCUCGAUCGACUGCUCGACCAUCACGGUGAUCCCGGACCGCAUGCUCAACUACCCAUCCAUCACGGUCAUGCUCCCGUCCACGACGAACCCCACGGCUCCGGUCGUGGUGAGCCGCACGGUGAAGAAUGUCGGGGAGGCGCCGGCGGUGUACUACCCGCACGUCGACCUGCCAGCCUCUGUGCAGGUGAAGGUCACUCCGAGCUCGCUGCAGUUCACCGAGGCGAACCAGGCCCAGAACUUCACGGUCUCCGUGUGGCGGGGGCAGAGCACUGACGCCAAGAUUGUGGAGGGCUCGCUCCGGUGGGUGUCUGACAAGCACACCGUGAGGAGCCCCGUCUCCAUCUCCUUCGCCUGA